AGGCUAUCACUAUCUCUUUAUGGAGAAGAUUGUAUAUAUAUCAAUUAUUACCAAUUUCUUUUUCCUUGUGGAGCAACGUAAAAUCUUUUUCUUUUCCCUGGUUUAUAUUAUUUAUAAGUUCGCAACUGAACCCAAGAAUAGGGUUUUGUAUAAAUAAAGGCCAUUAAAAAGAAACACGUGUGGACCAAGAAAAAAACUCCUAACAGCCAUGUCUCUGCUUCUCAGCCGCCUCUCGAAGCCCUCUUCCCUGAAAACACCUGCACUCGCCAGACACCUCACCGCUCGUUUAUUCUCUACUUCCUUUCCAUGUGUUAUCGCCGGUGCUCAACAUUGUGGAUCUACUAUGAGGGAUGGAGAUAUCGGAAAUCUCAAGAUAUAUACAAGUUUUGUUGUUGAAAAGUUUAUUGUUACGGAAAAGAAGGUACCUAUGAAGUUGGUGGAGGAAAUGGGAACGGUAGGAGCAUCCAAUGGAUGGGUUGCUACACUGAAGGGAGGAGUAGUGUGUCUCCAAGAUGAUCUAAAUCCAAGUGCGUCUGAUAUUGAUCCAAAGCGCAUUUCGUUGCCUCCUCUUGUUACUCUGCCUCAUUGCCAAACGCAAGUGGUAACCAAUGUGGCCAUGUCAUCCUCUUCUCCCGAGGAUGAAGACUGUGUUGUGGCUAUCAAGUUCUUGGGACCUCAACUAAGCUUAUGUAGGCCUGCUCGAAGCUCAGAGUGGACCAACAUAAGAAUCACAGACCCGGGUUUCUUCAAUUCACGUGUCAUGUAUUCCAAGAGAGAUGACAUGUUCUCCAUGCCGGCUUCAAGAGGCACCUACAUUGGAUCGUGGAAUCUUGGAGAACCCGCAAUGAUUCAGCAAUUGCGGUAUCUAGAUUUUCUCGAGUUGGUGCAGUCAAAGUGGGAGUUGUUGGAUUCGUGUUGCAGGAGCGAACACUUGGUGGAAUCAAGACCCACUGGUGAAACUUUUAUUGUUAAAUGGUACAGCAAGAGAUACAUCCCUUUUAGGGAGAGACUGGUGACACAUCGUUUAAUGGUAUUCAAAAUAGACGAGGAAGGAAACGCUGAGUUCACUACUGACAUUGGAGAUCUCUGCAUCUUCCUCUCCGAGGCUGAACCUUUCUGUGUCCGGGCUAGCGAGUGUCAAAAAACCCCAAACCGCAUCUUUUUCUUGUGUCCCGAAUACUACGGAGAAGUCAGUCUGGACCACUACGAAUAUCGUCCGCGAGAUCAUUAUCAUCGCACUUUUCCUGUGCCUUACUUUAUUUAGGGCUAUUGUUAUCAUCCUAAAUAUGUUUUUUUUUCUUGUAAUUUCGUUAUAAUAAGACC